AAACUUUCCCCUGGUGUGUGCCAAAACCGAACCAUUAUUAUUUUUGUUUUUUUAUCACGCGAAGAGUCACAGUGUCUUCCUUUUUUUUUUUUGCCUAUCUUAUUGAUCGUAAUAUCGGAUCCUCUACUUGGAGCAUCCACCUGAUCACGGUUUUCUCUUUUAAUCAUGCUGGCCAAGGACGAAUCAAGCCCUCCUGAAGCCUUGGAAAAGAAACAUGCCUACCAUGGGGUCCACUCCAGGCACGACUCGUCUUCCGAGAUAUCCGACGAAAUCCUCUAUCAUCCCCACACCCUGACUGCAUUACUGGUAUCAUUGGCAUGGCUGUUUUAUGCAGCCAUUCGAUCGAAUAAUGAGGAUACAGAAACAAGCGUGAAGCUCGGCAUAUCAGCAGCCAUUUGCUGUUUCGUGUUUAUCGGUAUGAUCCAAUUCCGUGACGGCCCGUUCCUUAGGCCGAGUGUCCCCUUUUGGAGAGCCAUUCUUGCCCUGAGUGUACUUUAUCAGCUGUUACUGGUCUUUAUGUUGUUCAUGAACAAGGACGAUGCACGUCAAUUCAUGACGUACUACGAUCCCGAUUUGGGCAAACCGUUACCUGAACGAAGUUAUGCUGAUUGUUGCGAUUUGACGUGGGAUAAUAUCAAGAAUCAACUGGAUAUUUUUGUGGCGGCUCAUGCUUUUGGUUGGUAUGGUAAAGCGUUGAUCUUGCGAGAUAAUUGGUUAUGUUGGAUUCUUUCCAUCACGUUCGAGACUUUGGAGUACUCGUUGGAGCAUCAGUUGAAUAAUUUUGCCGAAUGCUGGUGGGAUCAUUGGGUUCUUGAUGUAUUACUGUGUAACUGGAUUGGAAUUUAUUUUGGUAUGAAGACAUGCCAAUACUUUGAGAUGAAGCAAUACUCUUGGGUUGAAUUCCGCCAAAUCAAGUCACUGAAAGGGAAAGCCAAACGGGCAGUGCAACAGUUCACGCCACAUGAUUGGACCCGGUUCGAAUACAAAGCGACCAGCAGCGUCAAGAAUUAUUUUGGAACCUUAUUCCUGAUUGCAGUGUUUUUGCAGUGUGAACUUAAUUGCUUUUAUCUGAAAUAUCUAUUAUGGGUUCCACCAGAACACGCGUUGAACACUUAUCGAUUGAUCCUCCUGUUCUUGUUUGCUCUGCCCGGAGCAAGAGAUAUGUAUCAAUACAUCUCGGACAAAAAUACACGACGUUUAGGAGUCCAUGCAUGGUUGUUGAUUGCCAAUAUCAUGACGGAAACCUUGAUUUGUCUGAAAUUCGCGGAGAAUGAGUUUACCACGCCCGCUCCGAUGGCCAUAAAGAUCGCAUGGUCUGUUGUGUUUUCCAUCAUUCUCGUCAUCUUCCCCGUAUGGCGAUUUAUCAUUCGUCCGGUACGAAAAGAGGAACAUUGGGUCAAGGAAGAAUAACUUGUAUUCUAUCUAGAAUCAAAACCAAAAAAUUACCUUUUAAAACAUAUAUAAAAGCUUAUUACUCUCUCAUCGCGCCAUGCCCCAUUUUCCAAC